GCGGAAGUGACAUGUAGCAAACAAUAAAGAUGGCGACUUCCAUAGAGCACGAGGAUUCCUUUGAACAAGAGGAGACUGAAGAGGAGACUGAAGAAGAGCCAAAAGCACCAAAGAUCCGCGAGACACCAGAAGACAUCAAACUAGAGGCGAUUGGCAACACAAUUGCAUUUCAUCCCAACCAAGACAUCCUUGCAGCUGGAGACAUCGAUGGAGAUAUAUACCUAUAUUCAUACUCCUGCACUGAAGGAGCAAACAAAGAGCUGUGGUCAUCAGGACAUCAUCUCAAGUCCUGCAGGAAAGUGCUCUUCUCCAGUGAUGGACAGAAAUUGUUCAGCGUGUCUAAAGACAAGGCUGUUCACAUCAUGGACGUGGAGGCUGGAAAACUAGUGACGCGCAUCCCGAAAGCUCACACGGUCCCAGUCAAUGCCCUGCUGCUGGUUGAUGAGAAUAUAUUUGCGACCGGAGAUGAUGAGGGGACGCUGAAGGUUUGGGACCUGAGGAAAGGAACAUCAUUUAUGGAUCUGAAGCACCAUGAGGAUUAUAUUAGUGAUAUCGCCAUUGACCAAGCUAAAAGGACACUACUUACUUCCAGUGGCGAUGGCACUAUGGGUGUAUUCAAUAUAAAAAGACGAAGAUUUGAACUCCUUUCUGAAUUCCAAAAUGGAGAUCUUACCUCUGUUUCUAUUAUGAAAAGAGGCCGUAAAGUUGUUUGUGGAUCCAGUGAGGGCACCGUAUACAUUUUCAACUGGAAUGGUUUUGGUGCCACCAGUGACCGUUUCGCAGUUCAGGCCGAGUCUUUGGACUGUAUCGUUCCCAUUACAGACAACAUACUGUGUGCUGCCUCUACUGAUGGAGUGAUCAGGGCCAUCAGUAUCUUGCCCAACCGUGUGGUGGGCAGUAUCGGACAGCAUGUGGGCGAAGCCAUAGAGGAGAUCGCACGAUCUAGAGACUCACGUUUCCUGGCCAGCUGCGCUCAUGAUGAGCUGAUCAAAUUCUGGGACAUCUCCGGCAUACCCGAGAUGAAAGUUACCGAUUAUCGACGUAGAAAGAAAAAAGACAGACGUCUCAAAGCUCUGAGUAAUAAAGCUUUUGAUACGGGACAGAAUUUCUUCGCUGGUCUUUUAGACACAACUGAGGAAAACGGUAAAGAAGAAGAGGAGGAGGAGGAGGAGGAUGGCGACGAUGAUAGUGGCAGUGGAAGCGACUGAAUAUAAUUUAUUGCAAUCACAUUUGCAGUAUUGUGUUGCCAUUUGUUGUCUAAU